UGUGUAAGUGUGUGUGUGUGUGUGUAGUUCGGUGAGUGUUGAGGUCGAGUCAGCCGCGGGGACGACGGCGGACUACAAACAAACAAACAAACAAACAAACAAACGAAGAAGAAGACGGACUAACGGCUCCUUCUCCCCUCCGGUCCGCAGCUCUCCUCCCGGCCUCACAGACCGACGACCCCCAUGCAGCAGAGGAGACCCUGGAUGGGACUAACUACAUGUGAUCUAUGUUGGGUAACGGGCUGAAGAGGAAGCUGCUCCACGAUGACGAUUGUUUGGAGGACGUGGUGCGUGGUCCCCUGGCGGUGGGUUUCAUGUCGUCCUUCAUGCUGCGGCGUCAAAGCGUCCUCAACGUGUCCCUCAUGAAGCUCUACGGCCCCGCGCUCAGAGCCGACCUCCGCCUGCAGCGCCGCGUCCUCGUCAACAACAUCAUCCGCCGUAUCCAUGACGACCUGAGGCAGGAAGGAGGAUUGGGCACUCUCUUCUUCUCCGCCGCCCCCCCCCAGGACCACGACGGCUACCCACAAGCUCCUCCCCCUCCGUCCUCCUUCAGCAUCCUCUCCUCGUCUCUGUCGGGACUCACAGCCGGGGACUCCUGCCUAACGCCGGCCUCGCUGCUGGAGGAGGAUAUGUUCUUCACCCUCCCGCCCUCAUCGCCCUCCUCACAACUCAACCUGCCUCACUCCCCGAGAACGCCACCGCCGCUGCCUCCCUCGCCAUCGCCCAAAGACAGCUUCUCCUCCGCCCUGGAGGAGAUCGAGGAGCUUUGCCCCUCCCCUUCCUCCUCCAGGCCCCCGUCACCUCCUCCUGCGCGGGACACGACUGAUGUGGUCAUGAAGGAGGAGGAGGAGGAGGAGGCGGGGCAGGACUCACAGGAGGCUCCUCCCGCCCUGUCCUCCCCCGGCUCCUUCCUCACAGACUUUGCUUUGGACGACGUCAUCUUCACAGACAGUGACACGUCCAUGUACGACCUCGGACCCCGCCCCCCGCUGCCAUCGGGAGCUCCGCCCUCUAAGAUCGCCCCCGCCGUAAUGUCUCCGUACGGUGCGGCGGUGGGCGGGGCUCCAAACCAGUCGUUUAAAUUGGACCUGGCAGAGCUGGACCACAUCAUGGAGGUCCUGGUGGGCAGCUGAGAGGAAACCAGGAGACUUUUUUUGUAUCACUUCCUGUUUCUUUUGUACAGAUUUGAAAACGUGACGGUACCUCACACUGUGCAGAGUUUAAUAUCCGAUUGAUCGGGACUUUAACGUGAAGGUUCAGCUGACCAAUGAGAUCCUGCCAGCUCACAUGAUGUCACGUUAGCUCACAGCGUUCACACACUGCAGCUAAAUCUUCAGUCUCUUCAUUGUCGCUGACUCAGACUUUCACAAUAAAUGCAUAUUCUUGUAACAUCGUGUAAAACGUAGCGACCGUGUGAACGGCGUCCUGAACGCAGGAGGUCGUCGUCCUGCAGGUUUCAAACUCAGUGUGAAGUACCGUCACACCGUAACACGUUUUGUACUGUUUUUAUAAAAGAGAAGAUUUAUUUUAGGACUCAUGAAAAACUACUCGGCUGUUCCUCACUCUGAUUAUAUUUUCUCUUCUUUGCUGCUACGUCCACGUCCGUCAUAUUCACCCGGUUUGAAUCUCGUCCAAUCACUGAUUUGUAUCCACUCCUAAACUCACCUGCUGCGCUCUCAUUGGCUGGAGGAAACACACCAGCUCCGCCCCCAGAAACGUCCCAAGUCAACUACAGACACAGUCACCACCACACAUGUACGGAGGCCCAGAAGGGACGAUGGAGCAGCUUCACUUUAGGAGAAGUCUGUCUUUUAUUUUGAAGGAGAAAGCUACAGACUAUGUCUUUAAUCAUACAGAAUAUCCGGCCCUUGGUAAUCAGUCAAACCCCUUUACAUGGUAACUAUUUGUCUCCCCCUGCUGGACAGACGAGGUAACUGCACGUUGUCAGAGCAGUUGUACGCAGCAUGUUCUUCAUCUUUCAUGUUUUAUUUUUGGAUAUUUAUGAAUAUUGUUGAGUUGGUACAGUUAUUCUUUAUGUGCCUGAAAAGCCUUCUCCCUCACAUGAAACAGCUGUUAUUGAUUUUAUUUUGAAGGUCUUCUUGGAGCUCUUACAAACAUUUACACACUCUUUCACCUCGAGAGUUUUUGUUGAUCCCGUUUCAGGCGGCUCAUAAAAUCUGCAGAUUAAAAUCAAUUUAACAUCAGAGUUAACGCUGAUGAUCCGGAUCACGUCUUUAGCUCCUCCUCCAACCACAGAACCAGAUUCUGGACUCUUGAGGUUUUGUCUUCCUGUCGAUGUUAUUUUAUUCUUUCAGAGAUGAAAUCAAUCUGUGCCUUCUCCUGAGCAACACUCAGACGAGGGUUCAGCCCGAUAUGUCGUUUUAUUUUCUACAUUAAACUGAAAUGAUCUCA